CCUACUGAUUUCUUGUUUGCUAAGGUUUGUUCGUCUUCAAGCGGUGAAAUUCCUUAAAGAAGACUGAGAGAUCUCUAGUUCCAAAGCUGCUUCGAGUUUGAUUUCUGCUUCUACAAUGUCUUCUCCGGCCGAAUAUUACAACUCUCUUCCGCCUAUAAGUAAGGCGUAUGGAACCCUAUGCCUUUUGGCGACUACAGCCUUCCAACUUGGCUUGUUAAAUCCUAAGUUUACUGCGUUGCAUUUCGGACUCAUAUUCAAGCGUUUUCAGGUAUGGAGGCUAUUCACAAACUUCUUCUUCCUUGGAAAAUUCUCUAUCAAUUUUGGAAUUCGUUUACUAAUGAUAGCAAGGUAUGGUGUCCAACUUGAGAAUGGACCAUUUCAGAGGCGAACAGCAGACUUUCUAUGGAUGAUGAUAUUUGGAGCCUUAACAUUAUUGGUACUUUCUGCUAUACCAAUCUUCUAUUCAUCAUUCUUGGGGAUAUCACUUGUGUUUAUGCUUCUCUACGUCUGGAGUAGAGAAUUUCCUACUGCACAGAUCAACAUAUAUGGCCUUGUUACUCUUAAAGCAUUUUAUCUGCCAUGGGCCAUGCUAGCGCUGGAUGUCAUUUUUGGUUCACCUCUUGUACCUGAUUUACUUGGAAUCUUAGCAGGGCAUUUGUAUUACUUCUUGACCGUGUUGCAUCCUCUGGCAGGCGGAAAGAACAUAUUGAAAACUCCAUUUUGGGUACAGAGGUUAGUAUCAAGGUGGAGGAUUGGAGCACCACCAAUUCAACGUGCAGCAGUACCUGAUGAUAGGGGUACAAGUGGAGCUUUCAGAGGGAGGUCUUAUCGGCUCAAUGGCUAAACACUAUUCUGUUUAAGAAAAAGAUUGAGUUUUCUAGAUUGUGCCUACUAACAUCGAAUGGUAUACAAAAAGAUGGGAGGAAAGAAUUCGAUUAGAAGUUCAUCUCAAGCGAAUGUUGCAUUUAUGUCA